AACCACGCUCUGCACAUUAUGGACACGACUCUUCCCCUUCUGGACACUCCCAAGAAAGCAUCACUACAAAGACAAGCAGAUACCCUGCGUGCAGCGCUGAAAGAUUACGAGCGCACCUUUGCGGCAGAACAUGACGGCCGGAAACCUGGCAGAGGAGACAUCAAGUCGAACAGAACCAUCGCGACCAAGUACACGGAAUACAACAAACUCCGUGACGUGGUUGCAGGCAGGCUCGGGCUCGACGCUCUGAACCCGCCGGCACCAAAAGUACGAUCUUCUCGAGCAGACAGUGCAGUCAGCUUGACCCCACACCGAUCGUAUAAGUCUACACCCUCGAAACAUCGCCAUGCUCACGAUCUCGAUCCCUAUGACGCUCCGUCCUCCGUCUCGCCCAAAGCAGCUCUUCACGCCAUCGGACCUACUCCAAGGCGAGAUGGGAUGGUCAUGGGGAUCUUCGAUAUGCUCCCUCCGUCAGGCUCGCUGAAAAGCUCCCAGGACACUCCUUCCAGUCGAAAGCGCAAGAUCGAUGCCUUGAACGACCACGCCGACCCCUCGUUCGCGCCCGUGGUUACGCAAACACCCAGUCGACGGCGGACACAUGACAGCGAUGCGUCCCGUGUGGAAGACCAUCCCAAAGAAGCAAGUACAGCCACGACUCCCGCAUCGCGAAGUCUGAACGCAGGUAGAGGAAGGAGAAAUUCCAAAACCCCCAUGAGCCAAAGCAAACGCUUCAUGCUGGACCACUUUUUCGCGACGCCUAGCGCAGUACGAUUCUCUAGCCUCGUCGAGCGGGAAGAAGAAGACGAACGUGACGAAACGGCAAGGAACCUCCCACACACCAAGACGCCGUUGCGUGACGCCCUGCUUGGUCUUUCGCCGGUGUGCCAGAGGCAACUACACGACGGUAACAACGCUGACGCGACGCCGCCAUAUUUGAAGCGCAGUUUCAGUUUCAAAGAACGCCUCUUGUCCGCCUCAGGUAGUAGUCGGCCGGGAUCAUCUGCAGGCGCAACGGCUGGUGCCGCUGAACUAGGUACGAGUCCGACGCGACCAAGGAGGAGGCCAGGGCCACGGGGAUCUGGUUUGGGUGUGGUCAAAUUUGCGCCGAAACCAUUGAGCCAGCUCAUCGCGGAGCACGCCAGUCAGAGUCAGAGUCAGUCUGAGGAGAGGAGCGUGGCACAGGCGCGCGAUGAUGGCGACGAGGACGACGACCUCGAAGCUCUACGUGAGGUAGAGGCGGGCGGAAUCAACGUUCUCGUCGGCGAUAGUCAACUCAACCCCGGUCAGGGAGGCAAUGGCGCCGAGGCAGAGCAAGGUGGUAGAGUGUGGAAGAAAAAGGGUCAGAAGCGUACGACGCGAAGAGUCAUUAUGCGGCCCGUCAAGAUGAAGCCCGCCGCUGCGCCGAAAUACGUGGCUGCAGAAGACGAGGAGGAGGAGGAGGAGGAGGAGGAGGAGGAGGAUGAUGAUGACAGCGAAGACGAAUUGGCUCUUGACAAUCAUAACCGGGGUUCAGAGAGGGUGGAAGAGACUCAGUUUGUCAACGACAAUGGUCGAGCCGGUCAAGAUGAGGCCGAGGAGGAUGAUAUGCAAUUCCUCAUCGCCGAGGCCGAGUUACAAGGUGACGAGACUGGGUAUUUUGAUCCUGACGACGAGCAAGACGACGACGACGACUUCCGCCUCGAGUCAACGACACAAACGAAGAAGAUGCAGAAACCACGCGAAAAAGCCAAAGCGAAAGCCAAGGCCAAAGCAAACAAAAACAAAGACGAGUCGGAUCUCCUGCUAGGUAGACCUGCAAAACCAACAUCCAAGGCGAAAAGGGACGCAGACAACCCGAAAGAAAGAACGAUCAACCCGAACGCCUACUCUCACAUGAACUUUCGCAGCCUGAAGAUCAAGAAUAAAAACUCCAAAGCCAAAGGGAGAGGCAAGUUUGGUAGGGGACGAAGGUGA